AGGGAGGCGGAGGGGCGGCGCCGGGCGGAGGCGAGAGUCGCUGCGGCCGGGCCCAGCCCCAGCCAAGCCCAGCGCGGCCCGAUGGAUGCGGCGGUGGGUGGCGGCGGGCGCUGCCUGACUCCCUCGGCCCGGGAGUUGCUCCGCACGCUGGGCAGCUGCAGCAAACACUCCUCGCAUCUCCGGCAGAACCUGCGGGAGACCAAGAAAUACUUCAAGGAGCUGCGGCAGCCGCACUGCUUCAGCCCGGGGCCGCCGUGUGCCGAGCCGGCUGGACAGGACAGCGGGCCCGCCGAGGAGGCCGCCGACAUCGGCAUCAGCUUGCUGGAAGGUCCUUUAUGCUGCAUUUCAUUCCCAUGUCAUGAAGAGGACUACCUCCAAGCAACAGUGGGCUGCUAUCCCUGCAUAAUGAUCCUAGGUCAGAAUUGCUGGGCCAAGUGUCAUGUACUGAACAGUCUUUUGGGCGAAAGGCUCUUACCCGUUGUCAAGGGCAGCAAUGAUAGUAAGUGUAAAAGGCGACGGCUGAAAUUCAUCCACGGUAAAAGGACAAGUGUCAGUUUGGCUUUGCCUGGACAUUAUGUAUUGGUCCACCAUCUUGCGGCACACCAGGGAAAAUGGGACACCAUUCCGGAGGAGGACCUAGAAAUCCAAGAUAGUGAAGAUCCUGCACAUCGUGCGGCACAUCUGGAAGUAACGUUACACCAUCCGUUAUUGCAGGAAAUGGAUAUUCUAGUUCUUCCAUGUCAUGAAACCCAGGCGGAAGGUGGCACAUUAGAAGACUGUUUGAGACACUCCAUGCCAAUAAUUGUCUACGCCAUCAGCGAGGAUCGUUUGACAGACUGUGAAGAAGCUGAGCUGGAGGACCUGAAGAGGAAACAUGCCCUACCCAUUUUUUUCAUCAAAGUGCCGAAACAAUUGACCGGUCACAACCCAGAGCCACACUCCGGACCAGACAAGGAGCACCAAGUGAAAGGUUCGAAGUCUGAAAAAGAGAAGAGUCCCCUUUACCGUCAGCUGGCGAAGCUGGAAUACCUAAGCCCGACGGGGGGUGUAAUAUCCCAUGCCAACAAAGCCUCAAGCACGUUGGUGGAACACUUCGACAAACUAAAACAGCUGGGCCUCUUUGCGAAGCAGGUGGUGCAAAUGCACCUCAUUGAUGCAGCGACUGUGCUGAACGGUGUCCACUGUCGCUGCUUGGACAUCUUCAUCGACCAGGCCUUUGAUAUGCAGCGGAACCUGCAGAUUACUCCCAAGAGGCUGGAAUACACCCGGGACAAGGAGAAUGAGUUGUACCAGUCCCUGAUGAGCAUCGCAAACAGGAAGCAGGAGGAAAUGAGAGACAUGAUUGUCGAGACUCUGAGCGGCAUGAAGGAGGAACUUUUAGAGGAGGCAGCAAAUGUACAAUUCAAAGAUAUAAUCAUCUCUGAGAAUGGUGAGACUGUCGGCAAUAAGGACAUUAAGUGCUGCAUCAAACAGAUUCAGGAGUUGAUUAUUUCCCGCUUAAACCAGGCGGUUGCCAAUAAACUCAUCAGCUCGGUCGACUACCUUCGGGAGAGUUUUGUGGGGACCCUGGAGCGCUGCUUGAAGAGCCUGGAGAAAUCCAACCAGGACCCGGCCGUGAACAGUGUCGCCAGCAAUCACCUGAAGCAGAUUUUAAAUGCUGCAUAUCAUGUUGAGGUGACAUUCCACUCUGGAUCAACCGUAUCCCGGCUACUUUGGGAACAGAUCAAACAGAUUAUACACAGGAUGCCUUGGGUCCAUCCUCCAGCUAUUACCAUCGAGUGGAAAAGAAAAAUUGCCCAGGAUGCCAUCGAGAGCCUUUGUGCGUCUAAACUUGCGAAGAGCAUUUGUAGUCAAUUCCGCACCCGUCUCAACGGUUCACACGAAGCGUUUGCUGCCUCUUUACGACAGCUUGAAACGGGGCUGUCAGGGAAACUUGAAAGGACAGAAGAUCUCUGGCUAAAGGUACGGAAAGACCAUGCCCCACGACUAGCGCGUCUUUCAUUGGAAAGCCGUUCACUCCGGGACUUGCUGCUGCAUGGUAAACCUAAACUGGGACGCGAGCUGGGCCGUGGCCAGUAUGGAGUGGUUUAUAUCUGUGACAACUGGGCCGGUCACUCUCCCUGUGCUCUCAAAUCUGUUGUGCCUCCAGAUGACAAGCAUUGGAACGACCUUGCACUAGAAUUCCACUACACAAGAUCUUUACCCAAGCACGAGCGGCUAGUUGACCUUCACGGGUCUGUUAUAGACUACAGUUAUGGAGGUGGCUCCAGCAUUGCGGUCCUGUUAAUCAUGGAGAGAUUGCACAGAGAUCUAUAUGCUGGGCUGAAGUCUGGCCUGAAGCUUGAAGUACGUUUACAGAUUGCUCUUGAAGUUGUGGAAGGUAUACGGUUUCUCCACCGGCAAGGACUUGUUCAUCGAGACGUCAAAUUGAAAAAUGUUUUGUUGGAUAAGCAAAAUCGAGCCAAAAUCACAGACCUGGGAUUCUGCAAGCCCGAGGCAAUGAUGUCUGGGAGCAUCGUGGGAACCCCUAUACACAUGGCGCCCGAGCUGUUCUCAGGGAAGUACGAUAAUUCCGUGGAUGUGUAUGCAUUUGGAAUCCUUUUCUGGUAUCUCUGCACGGGUACAAUUAAACUGCCGGAAGCUUUUGAGAAAUGUUCAAGCAAAGAUCAGCUGUGGACCAAUGUAAAGAAAGGUGCAAGACCGGAACGGCUCCCUGCAUUUGACGAGGAAUGCUGGCAACUAAUGGAAGCUUGUUGGAGCGGUGACCCCACUCAGAGACCCUUACUUGGAAUUGUUCAACCCAUCCUUCAAAGCAUCACGGACAGACUCUGUAAAAGCAGUUCUGGGCAGCAGCGCAGAGACGGCUCGACAUGAAGUGCUCCAGGCACUGGAUCUGCAGCAAAUGUCUAACGUUGGUGGGGUUUGGGGUGAUGGGAUGGGUCAAGAAUAACCCAAUUCUUUGACACCAGCAUCAGUAUUAACACUAGUCCAGCAUAACUGUUUACUAUCUGCUAUGCAGUAAAACUUGAUAUUUUUAUUCUUUUGACGGUGAUGAAAUAAUAGAACUGUUUGAGACUUGAUGCAUGGAUUUCUUUGCUCUCUCCCUCCCCCCCCCCCCGCAGUGUGUUUGAGCAAAUCUUGUUUAGGGUUAUGGGUUGUCACGGAAUGCCUUAAGUAGAAGAUGCAGAGGAACAUAGCUCACCAUUCAAACUACUGCAUGUAUUCGAGUGAUUGGGAACUGCAGCUGUUGUAUGCGGAGGGAGAAGAGGAAAAGCAACUUUAAAUGUUCAGCUCUUGUUUUUUUUUUAUUUGUGUUUCAUUCUAAUCUUUUUUUUUGUAUUCUGGCACUUAUUUUUGUUCCACAAAUAGUGUCAUUUUGCACUAAUUUUAUAUGUUAGUUUCUAUGUUUGACACGUUGGGAAAUUCAGAGCUGCACUGUUAGUUUUGUCUGCAUUUCGAUGUGUGGGGACUGGCAGUGGUGCUCUUGAGCUUAACAAUGUGUCAAUGGUAGUAUCUGGAAGGUGGUCUUUUUAAAAAAGACCAUCUGCUUUUCUACCCUUAAGCUUGCUUGGAAUUUUUACUUGUGGAUCAGGAUCCUGUUGAAGACUUUCAUGAACACUAUCACUUUGCACAUUAUCACUGUUUAGUUCAAGCUAAAAAAAAAAAAAUGUGUUGAUCAAAAGAAGAAAAUGCACAGAAUUGAAGUAUAAAACGGGAUCCGAUUGUGCCUUCAAGUCUCUGUCCUUUCAGUGCUCUUAUUUACUAAUAUUCUCUAUGUUUGCCUUGUUGUGAAUUCUUCGGCAUUGGAUCUGAACACAGUCGUCUCAAGAUGGAGGUGGAAAAUGAGGUUACUCUGGCCCUGCUCUUCUCUCAAAAGGGCCUCUGAGAAAUUUGACCAUGGGACCCCUCCUGAUUUGAGUGCCCUACGAAUUGCCUAGUAUUAAACACUACAUUUUCUGCCGUUGCACAUUGCUCCAUUUUAGCUAUUAGAAGAACCAAGUUGAUGAUCACCUGUUUUGUUUACUUGCUUCUGUAACCUGUCUGUCCGCAUGUCAGUUUGUAGCUGCUGAGAAAAUGGUACGUUGGUCGGCCAUAAACAAACUGGAGAUCAACAUUUUUCCAAGUGUCUGGUCAUUGAGCUUUUCAAUGGGAUAAGGUCAUCUCUUACACUCCAUUCUAUUCUGGCAAAGUGCAAAUUGGGUGAUUGAAUCUUUCAUUUUUGUACAACCGCUGAAUUUUAUUUUCUCUUUCCCCCCUCCCCCCCCAAAUCAGCCCCAGGAUAUGUCUCCUCGUGGUCUUUUAUACAUGUAUUACUUUUAAAGUAUUGUGCACUUUCAUCAUGACACGUAACUUUCAGUGAGAGUAUUUGCCCUCCUGAGAUUGUUGUCCUUCACAGUAUGAUAUCUAGCCAAUGCAAGUCUACACAAACUGCUCAAUUUUGGCCCUUCACUGUGUAAUUUCAUACCACACUAGACUUUCAAUUUUGUCACACAAGCAAGAUGUAUAAUGUGAUUAGCAUGUUAAUUUUUUAAAAAAAGAUUGGGACGGGUGAGUAAGUCUUGUUGGAAUGAUGAAAACAGUUGUUAGAUGGACUCUGAUAAUGAGCAGCAUGUGCUCUCAAACCCAUUAUAGCACUUCACCAUUUGAAUGUUCUUUUGCCAUUCUGAACUGAGGACAGUAUUGAUCACUCCACUUUUCACAAAUCUGAUGAUGGAGAUAACACUAAUUGUUUCUUAUAUGUAUGAACUACAUGCUAAUAGCCGGAAUGAUUUUGCAGUUUGGUAUUUCGACAAGUAUAGAUUAAUCAGUCCAGGUAAAAUGGAGGUCCUCAAUUGUUUUGCUGUCCAGUCUAACUCUGCCUUGGACAGUUGUUAGCAUGGCUGAGAGAAAGAUGAGAUGAAGGUAGGGUUGUUGGACAAAUAAACAACAAAUAUUUUGGAAGUGGACAACUCUGGCAUUGGACUCGUAACUAUUUUAAUGCAAGGGAGAAACUGGCUGUAAACGUCUCAAACCUGAUCUAUGAAUGCUGCAUCUUUAUUCCCUCAAGUCUGUAGCAUGUAAUCAAUGUAGGAUCGAUAGUUGUGCUGAAUAUUGAGUUAGUGCUACAGUGACUUGAGUGGCCAUACAUGCGUUGAGGGCUUGACUGUGUUGCAAGGACUACACCAUCUUGAAUACAUGUUGAAGCUAUCUUUUUUAAUCUCUUGGUUUUGUCCACUAGUAUUGUGUUUGAAACGGGAUUGCUUCAGUUACCGACCAAAGUGUCUUGUAAAUCAUGUGCUGUAAAAACUGAUCUGGAUGAGAUGAAGUAUCGGAUGGCUAGUAUGUACCUCCCUUUUACACUGGCAUUUCAAACUUUGGUGUCCCAUUUCCAAUUCUGCUAAAUGUUGGUUACUUGAGAGGGAUGGAACUUGGGCGCCACCACAUCAUAAAAUCACUACACAGCAAAAUAUAGUUGGUGUGCCUCACUGUUGCACUGGGUCAGUGGGUAAAAGGGGAUUGUAUGUACACCCGGUUCUGAUAUCAUUUCAAUGAGAUUGAGCUUCUGUGCAGUUCAGUAACGCCAACUAUGAAAAAGAGCUCUACCUUUUACUUAUCUGCAGAAACUACUUUAAACCCUUCAGACAAUGAAUGGAAGGGCUCAACAGUGUUUGUAAGGUGAGCAAUUUGUCCACACUGUUCUCUUUUUAAAUAAAAAAAAACAAAAAAAACCCAAACACUACCUUAAGAACACUCAUAAUUGUCUUUGCACUUGCUAGACUUUACUAUUGUUCAGGGAUCCAGAUCAUUGGCCCUAACAUAUGUGUGGCUAGGCUGUGAGGUUAUGAUGUGGCAGAAGGUAUUACUGUUAAUUAUGUCAGUCAUUUUCAUUCAGUAGGAUCCUUGUGUUACAUUUUGCAGAUUUUUUUUUUUUUCUCUGAACUUGCUAAAAUUGUUUUCCUUGACCCAUGUGAGAAUGUUUACAAUUGAACCACCAACAUUGGAUGGAGGACAAAGCUUGUGCCUCUGAUAGCAAACAUUUUUUGUUUUAUACUUUGUGCAUAUGAAUCCAGGCUGAAACUGGUUAUUUCUUUCAGCCAGCACUUGAGAUUUUAUUCCUUGAGUGAAGGCUGGCCUCAGCUAUGUCCCUCGUACUUGUGAGCUCAAAGCAUAAAACUCUUUGGAAAUCAUGGCCAAAUUGGCGCACAAAGAUUCAAAGCCAGGCAGGAAUAUGAUUGCAGUCUUUGUGCAGAGAAAGGGUGUUUAUUCUCCAUCUGGCCUGAGCUGUAGAUGAACCUACAAGUUGCUUCUGAAGUCUCUUAAGGAAAAAGAUAUAUAUCAUUGUUCCUCAUUGAACAUGAAAGGAAAGGAUCUUUGCAAGUAGGGAGUUGUAAGAGAAACAGCACUUCAAUAAAUAUUUAUUAGUAUGCAAUUUUAAAAGCCUUUUGUAAAAACCAAAGAUAAUUGGAAUUACUGAUUGAAUAUGAUUCACAACAAGCAACUGAGGGAAUGUGAGGAAAAUCAUGAAGCAAGUCUAUUUUUGAACAAAUGAUGUUGGAAGUAUUCUUGAGUCUAGUUAUCCAGAGUUGCAGUCUUCAGCUUGAUUUAUUGCUAUUUGUAUUUUCAAACGGCAUCAUAUUUAUGUCCAGGGAGUAAUGUGCCUUCAGCAUUGUCUUUUGUUGAGGAGUACAAUGAUCUGAACCUUAAUCACAAUUUGUUAAAGAAUCAUCCCGACAUGAGCUUUAUAGCCAUGUUCAAUUUGGAGUUCUCAACCUUCAAGCACUUAUUUUUUGGGGGGGGGGGGUGAAGAUAUGGUGCAGGUUCAUUGGAGCUUGUGAGGUACAAAGCAGAUUGGUACAAUGCUCCGUUUUGUGACCCCCUCCCUCACUGUUUAGGUUGAGAAGCACAUGAAGACAAACUAGGAGUGUAAUUAUUUGCUGUACAGUCAGCUGCAUAAUCACACAAGUCUGAAGCUGCCGGAAUUUUAUUUUUUAAGUCAUGGAUGAAAUGAGACUUCAUUCAAUCAAAUAUCACAGAUCAGAAAUACUUUUUCUCCUUUAGAUGCUGGGCAAUGCACAGAGAUUGAGGAUCACAAAUAACAAGUGUGCAAGACAGAAUGCACCAAUUAGAGAAACGUGAACUAAGACAGAUUAUGCCAAACCUUGCAACAAUUCCAAACACGUGAGAGUGCACUUAUUCUAACAUAAAAUGAAGUAUUUCUCUCCUUAUUCCCAAGAGUCGACCAGUUCCAAGUAGUUAUAUGACAUAUUGAUGUCAUGUCCAAGCAUUUAAAGUCACUGACAAAAAUGAACAUCUUUUGCGGAAAUGUGUGUGGUUGUGGACUGUUCUCACGUGUAUUUUGUGUCCCUGCUUAGCUCUGUAUAUGUAUGUGUGAGGCAGCAAGACCCAUUGCACUUGUCAGGUUUUGUUACACUCCUCAUGGGUGAAAAAAAGCACUUCAUUGCUCAAAACUAUAGUUUACAGGGAUACUACAACUGUUUAUCGUCUUCUCUUGGUCAGCUACCUCUAGCUGGUUUGCACCAGUUGUUUGUGUAUUUUAUUACGGCUCCAUUUCCACAGGUCAAGUAUUAAAAGAAAACUCCCGAGAUGCUAACUCAUGGCAUGUUUAUGUGGUUGUGUCGCACUCGCCUCUGCCCUCUUUACUCGGGCUAGGUUUUAUCCAUCUUUCCCCCCACUAAAUCCAGGAAAGUGUUUAAAAUAUCUGUGUGCCAUAGAACGUAACUGGAAAUUGUGACUGUCUAACAUAUCAUUGUGUUGCUUGAUUCCCUGUUAAUCAACUGAGGUCCAGGUUUGUACAUCUUUUCCACAGGACCUCUACAUUCCAUGUUUACCAACCAGAUUCAUGCUACUAAUGGAAUGUGGUUUAUUAAUUUGGGCCUCCUAUCAUAUGAAACCAUUUGUGUUCAGUUUUGGCUGGAAGUAUAUUUAUGAAACUAUGUACUUGUGAAUGUGGUGCAUGGGAAAGGAUAAUUAAACCUGUCUUUGUUUAAUUAAGAAUGUGUCUGAAAAGCUUGUAGAGGACAAUUGACAAAAUGAUUAAGUUGUAAGUAACCUGUAAGGUCCCAUGACAUGAAGUUUAAUUGCAACUUUUCACAAUCCUCUGCAAAUGUCUCAUUAUUUGUUGGAUCAAUGGUGCAUUUGUUUGGGGGCAUAAGUAAGCUGACAUUUCAGAUCAUCCCAUCAAGUAUUGUUGAGAGCUUGGUCAGUGGGUAACUAGCUUGUUCCCCCAAGCUUCUUGUGGAAAUUAACAUGAAAUUCAAGAGACAUCUCAUGCUAUCACAGUUGCAGAAGCUCCCUCUAAUCAUUGCCAGUAACUAGCCCAUCAGCACCACAGCAUCACUUGAUGAUACCAAGGAAAGACCUAUGAAGGCUGUCACCCAUGAGCUGAGACUAGGACAAGAAUUUAGCAGAACAAUUUGUGUGUUCAGUCAGCAGAGGGGGUGGGAUGUUUUCUGGUGAAGUCUCCCAAAUCCUAUUUAAUUCUUUAAUUCUUUAAACUCCUUUCGCACUACCCAAUUUACUCUCAAUUCACCCGAAACAAAUUAAAAUCUCCAUCCUCCUUGGGCGAAGCCCUGUUAACGUGGAUGGGAUUGUGCAUCCAAGAUAGCCAUUUUAUAUCGAGCUGCACCCAAAUGAUUCCCCAUCACUUCAUCCCUUUUAGCGAGGGCAGAGAGGAAGUCCUUGAAGCCGCACCACAGCCCAUCCAUAUUUUGAGGGAGCCUUCAGUCAGUGGAGCUUGUUGGCUAGCCACACCAAUCGUUAGCACAAUCUUGUAUAGAACAAUUGUUUUUAAUUGUCUUCCUAUUUGGUACGUUCUGACACUCUUUUGUUUUAAUGUAAAUGGUGACAUGACUUGGCAACGUAACGGUGAUCUUUUAAAUGCUAAAAAUGCUCGGACUCUAGUGCAAUGAAAAACAAUAACUAGUUUGGUGCAUUAUUAAUAUUUUACCAUUGUGUAUUCCUUAUCUUCAAUUUAGCCAUUGGGUAAAGUUUAAAGAUCAAGUAAUUAUUUUAAAAGUUCUACUGUUAAAAUGGCAAUGCUCUCAAAUCCUUGUUUUAUAUAAAAAAAACUGGAAAAAUGCACAAAAUACAAGGUGCUUAUAUAAUAAAGAUGAACAUUAACCUA